UUUUUUUUUACUUUUUAUGUUUUAUCUUCUUUUUAUCAAACUUUAAUAAAUAAUAUAAUUAAGUGUGAUUAAAUAAUUUGGAAAAUAAACAAAUUUUUUUAAAAAAAAUUAGAUGUUAAAUUUCGGGUAUCUCGUGAAAUUCAGUAAAUUUAUGGAAAGAUGCAAAUGAACAAAAUCUAUUCUUAAUAAAUUAAUGAUUACAAGAUAGUUUUAGAAAGGAAGAAGUUGACCCAAAAUGCUCCUUGAUAUAUGAUCAACACAGCAAUGGCGUCCCCUUUAACCCAUUCGACCAAAUCUAUGUUAAUCAGAGUUUGUUAGUGAAUUACGAAAUCCUAGGAGACAAUCUAAAGUUUUUGGAGAUAUCUGGAUGCAGAAUCAAUAUAACAGUGUACCUUCAGAAGAAUCAAUCCAUGAUUUUUAAGUUCAAUAUAGAGAAUCAAGGCUUCUUAGAUACAUUACAUAUGAAAUAUUCAAAUAUUACAAGCAUGAGCAGCCGCAAACGAAAUUACCUUGAUUCUCCAAAAUAUGGACCUUAUUAUGACGAACGCCAACGCCAUGCACCGGAGAUAGAUCUAGAUCAUUAUGACAGAUAUCCAGAAUCAAUAGAUAGCGAUCAAUUUAUGAGUGAACGUAUUGGAAGAAAAAAAAGAUCUUUAAACGAUAAGAAUAUAGAAGAAUAUAAUAGCAUUUAUGAUGAAACUAUCUCUGGUUCUGGAAAUUUUGAAAUUUCGGCUCCAGGAAUUGUGUUAGAAUCAAAUUUAAGUGGAUCAGGUGAUCCAUUUCUUUUAACUGGAUCAGGAUACAUAAACGAAAAUAUCGACAUUGAAGAAAUUUAUACACGAAGUAGGUCAGGAGAUAGAGAAAAGACAAAUUAUGACACGAUAUUAGACUUAGUCGAAGGAAACGAUGAUAAACUAGUAUCUGCUAUGAGCGGAUCAGGAGAUAUAUUAAAAAGAAACUACGAUAAAUCCAAUACUCUAAGUGAAUUAGGAGACGUAGCAAAAAGGGUCUAUGGUAAAAUAUUAACUAUUCUUUGUGGGUCAACAGAGUUAAUAUCACUUAAUAUAUGUGGAACAGCAGAAAUAGGGGGAAGAAACGAUGAUGAAAUCUCAUCCAGUCUAAGUGGAUCGGGAGACGUAGUCGAUGAACAGCUAUCCUAUAUUCUAAGUAAAUUAGGGUACAUAGUCGAGCGAAACGAUAAUGAACAUUCAUCAAACCUAAUUAGAUCGGGUGAAGCAUUCAGAAGGAGUGAUGAUGAACUCUUAUCUAAUCUAAGUGGAUCAGGAGACGUAGUUGAUAGAAAUAGACUAGCAUCUGAUCUAGAUGGAUCCGGAGACGUGGUCAAGAUAAACAAUGAUGAACAUUCAUCUACUCUAAGUGGAUCAGGAGACGUAGCCAGAAGAAACUAUAAUAAACAAUUUUCUACUCUACGCGGAUCAGGAGACGUAGUCGGUAGGAAGGAUGAUGACCUUUCUAGUCCAAGUGGAUCGGGAGACCUACUAAGGAGAAACAAUGAUGAACAUUCAUCUACUUUAAGUGCAUCGGGGGGCACAGUCGAAAGGAACGAUGAUGAACUAUCACCUAAUCUAAGUGGAUCAGGAGAUGUAGUAGAGAAAAACGAUGAACAAUCAUCGACUCUAAGUGGAUCGGGAGACGCAAACGGAAGGACUAAUAAUAUAAUAUCGUCUACUCCAAGUGGAUCAAGUGAUAUAACCGAAAUGAAUGAUGAUAGGCUAUCUACUUUAAGCGGAUCGGGUUCAGAUAUAGCAGGAAAAAAGAAUGAUACUCAAAGUAGGUCAGGAGAUAUAGACGAAAGAAACGAUGAUAAAUUAUUAUCUACUUCAAAUGUAUCAAAAGACACAGUCGAAGAUAAUGGUGAUCAACUAAUAUCUUCUAUAAACCCAGAUGUCAAACUCGAUAGAACUUCCCCCACGGGUUUAGAUAUUAAUGGUUCAAAGACCAAAAUAUUUGCUGAUAAAGGCACGAGAAAUGCAACUAAGGCCUUAAAUCCAGAAAAUAAGAAUUUCGGUUCUGGUGAAGACUCUCCAAGUUCAUCAAACGUCGAACACGCAGUUGCUUUAAAUGGAAGACUCAAAAUCAUCAAAUAUAAUGAUUUGUCAAAUAAGGUUGACAAAAACAACCCACUGUUUACAAAAAGCAAGGCAUACAAAAAAUACGUAUUUAGCAUAGAUAGCUCCGAUGUGAGCCCCAGGAAUCCACUGGUUCUUAGUAUAUUCACUUCACAGCCAUCGAUGGUUUAUUUCUAUAGCAAGAUGCAUUGAUGAUUUUAGAAACGAAAACUAGUUUUAGAUUAUUUACAUUAGCUUUGAGAAUAGAAUUUAGUAUAUUUUAAAUCUCCAUUUUUUAAUAAUCAAUCAUAUAAUUCUAUUAAUCAUGAUUUGGGAUUUCAAUUUAAUUAAUGAAUGAGAUAUAUAUUUAAUAUAAUACGCAGACACCGCUAGAAUACAGGUGAGAAUAGUUGUUCCAAUUAUUGUUUUAUUAUAAUUUGAAAAUGAGAAAAUCAUAUUUUCGAUUACAUGUAAAACGGAUGAUUAAAACUUUA